AUGAGGGUUCCGAUCGUUGUCUACAAGCCGAACAAGUGCUUCCCAAUCGUCGACAGUCAUAUCAAAGUCUACGCCUACGAGAUUGACCACGAAGGGGUACAGUAGUCAAGUCAAACUUCCAGUUAAAAUGUGUGUUUCAGAAGGUAAUCCGAGCCUCUCUUCUCACCAUCCAUAUGAACUCGCCGCUGAAGAAGCUCCGAGAGAAGUACGCCUGCAAGCGGAAUAUCUUCCCGCACGAAAUCGAGUGAGUUUCAAAAUAACUGCAUAGCCUUGACUGAAAUUGAAACCUUGCCAGCAUGUUCUUCGACGACAAAGAGGUCUUCGACGACGACACUUGCCGUUCGAUGGGCAUUCAACACGAACAAAUAAUCCGAGUAAGAAAAGUGACUCAUCAAAGAUCAUUGGUUUCCUUAUUUCAUUGCAGAUGGAGGUCACAUUCGACACCAUCUACACGAAGCAGGAGGACGAGGACGACGUCGAUUCGGCCGGUCCGACUUGCUUCCAACCAACUACCAUUGUUGUCUGA